AAAAAAAAAAAAUAGUAUAAAAAUACUAGUAUUUCUUUUCUUUUCUUUUUUAUUUUCAGUUUUCAGGUCUUACUUCCUUACUGGAAAAAUAUUAGUAAAAAAAAAGAAAUAGUCAAUGGGCCGAAGCCCAUCUAUAAAACCUCCAUUUGAUGGGCCAAGCAUGAACCAACUCUGAAUUGGAGUUGACUGUUUUAGAAUAACCGGUCCGCCGGAAUAAUCUUUUUACUGAAAGAGCGGUGUGAAACGUCGGGAAGGAGCCAUGAGAUCACCGAGAUGGGGUUAUGUUAGGAUUAUUGCCGGAACUAUUGCCGGAGGAAUGCUUGGAUUCUACGUUAUGCACCGUGCGGAACUCUAUUACAAGGAGAUGUGGAAUGAAAGAUUGAAGAGGUACGAGGAAGAGCUGAAUAGGAAGAAAAUGGCAGAGCAGUCGAAUGAGUUUCAGGAGUCCCUCUAAAGGUGUUUGGUUCUGUCUGUAGCUCGAGAACAUGCAAUUUCCCCCCUAGUGGUAAAGAUUCAGAGUUGGGGCUUGAUCUUUGAUCCUAGUUCCAAUAUCCUAAACUGUUCAGAAUCUUUCCAUAUGUUGUGUAAAUUAUGUUUAUUGGCACAUGACAUAUGACAAUCAUCUCUAAAUGAGAAAAUUUUGUCGCAUCAUUAUGCUGUUUGAGCAUGUCUGCUGAUGUUGCUUAGAUCUUUGUUAAUGUUGCUCUUUGCUUGAAACACGAAAAAUUUCUAUUCGAUAAAUUGGUAUUAUCACAUCCGUGUUCAAAAUUGUUGUUAAUAUUGCUUUAUGCGUAAAACAUCAGAACGUUCUGUGUUAAAGCUCAUAUCUGAGGGAAAUCGAAGCGCAUAGAUGUAAAUUUUGUAAGUACUAGGAUUUAUAUACUGAGUUCUUUAGGUCUAGAACUAGCUUUUGAUGAUGAUGGUCUACCUUGAAAGAGUAGGGGUUAUGAGGGUGACAGAUGAAUAAGAUUCCAUGCCUCCCAGACACUUUGUGCUCGUAUAACUAUUGUAGGUAUCAAGAGCUUUUGCUGUAACCUGUGGUCUACCGAUAGUCAAUUCAAAGCGGGACUCCUUGUCCGGCUUGGAAAGGCGAUGCUUGACAUUGUUGAAAACUUAUACAUACUUGUGUUGAUCUUUACUGGCCUACAUGCUGAAAAUGCAAUCCAGUCCAAGUGAGCUGAAGAUGCCUGAAGCUUUUCUUGCAUAUUUCUCCAACUUGAUUUUGGCAUGAAAUCAAGUUGGAAUCGGAGUCCUUUUUCUAUUCAGAUUCAGAGUCUUCUGAAAUCAAUAAGUUCUAUAGUGGUGGUGUUUAAGGCUAAUGUUGAACAUGUUAUGUAACCGCCUCAGCUUGUUUGUCCUGGAUGAAGUAUGUUUCUCAGUCUAUUAUGCUGCAUUUGCCGUCUUUCUCAUUGACUUCUAUUUGUAGUUGGAAAGCCGCAUCAUGUGCUGUGGCUGUCAGACUUAAGGUUCCGUUUUGAGUUGUAAUUGUGAUGUCUCUUAUUGUUUUUAUGUUCAUUUAAAGGGCUUGUUGCUGCCGUUGUAAGAACUGCAUAAAUUGAUUGAAAGCUUUGUCCAACAUUUCAAGAGCAAGCAGACCUGUAGUUAACUUGAAAUAUGUGUUCCAAAGAGCUCCUAUGUUCUGUUAAUUUGCAAUGUAAUAACUCACUUGAAAAAAAAAAAAAAAAACUCACUUGAAAAGGUUUGAAAAAUGUUUUAUACUGGACUUUCCAUAUCUUCAAAUCUCAAUAUGACUGACUGUUUAGGUCAUUUCUUCAUAUCUGGUUAGUUUUACACUUUUACUUGUGCCCAAAAGCUUUUGUAGCCCCAAGUGAUCCUGCACAGAUGUAGCUAGAUGUUCUCAUUUAUCAAUUUUGGUAAUUUUGAUUUUUAGAUAGGAGGUUGACUUCUUGUCAAUCAACUAAUACUUGUUGUUAACUCCACUCCUUUUAUUGGUUGUUGUGCUCAACAUUUGUCGAUCUGAUGCUCCGGUCUUCAUCUAGUAACAGUGCAACUCUUUGAUGGAUGUGAUACAGAAGGCAUUGGAAAUCCAACUUCAGAUCAUAACUGUGUCUAUUCUUUUGUGCUCGUGUUAACUAGAUUGAGAAACCUUCCCCUUGAAGGGGAGGAUCUAUUUGAUGUUGUUAUUGGUCAAGGAAUAUUGGUACUGAAAGCUUUAUUCUUAAAGUUCCGGGCUCAACUUUAGUCUCCAGAGGUUACUCUCAAGGAGUAGGAGUCGGAAUGAGGAAGUGAAGUUGAUGCACAAUCGUAUUAAACUUCUCAUUUCAUUGAAGGUCUCCAAAACACCCAUUCAACCUGAACCAGGUGCAUGAGAGUAACGAUCUCACCUCCCUUUUUCUUCUUUUUAGCGGUUCAGAGUCAGAGGAUGACAUAAACUACAGCGUCCAGCAUCUUAAAGUGGUCGAGAUAUAUGGAUAUAGUGGGCGUACAGGUGGGCGUAAAAUCGAUUUGGAACUUGUCAGGUACUUCCUCAAAAAUGCAGUUUCUCUAGAGAAGAUAAUUGUUGAUCCUUAUUAUAAAUUCGCGGUACCUUGGUACUACAAUCCUCGGAAAUAUAGUAGAGCAGAUGAGAUGGAACUUGAUGGCAGACGAAGGCGGGCUAAGCAACAACUCCAGGAGGAACUAAUGCAGGAGCUACUAAUGAUGAUGUAUGCUGGUAUUACAAACAAGUAGAACUGUGUGGUGAAGUUGUAAUUUCAUUCGACCACGUUGGAAUCCUCGCAAAAUGAUUUCGGACGUGCAGUGAUCACUGCCUAGAAUAUUGGAACGAUCAUCACCAAUAUGGUUCACCACUUGCCAUGACUUUCCCUCGAAAUCAGCUCGAAAUACUUCAAAAUAACACAGUUCGGCUAUCCCGUUCCCAUGGAUAGACAAACAUGAUCCCCACGCUCAGAACCAGGUAUUGUGUUGACUAUAAAUAAUGUCAUCAUCAACCAAUCAAUCACAGACACAUACAAAUAUGGGCAUGGAGCAUCGUUCACUGUUCAACUACAUGCUCACUUUAAUUUGUUGAAUUCGCAUUUUUGUCUUGGGGUUCUUCUGCAAAGAGUCGCCAAAACUGAAGAAAUAGAACUUGUAAUUUCUUAGUUAUCAUCAUUUAAACCAAAAUUUUAUGUUAUGUUCUCAACUCAUGAUUCGUAAUACUCUCUCUAC